AUGCGUGUCGAACUUCAUCCUGUAUUCAAUGUACAUAUCAUUCUGGAGGAUCUACGCAAUGUCGAUCUCGCAACAAGAGGGUAUUAUCAGGUUCGUCUCAUCCCGAAACCUUCUCAGUUAUUUUCUGCUGUAGAUAUUCAGUAUGUGGAAUGCAACAAUGGCACUCUUGGUUCUGGUGUAUUAACACCUUCUGUCGCUGAUGGUGUUGGAAUAUCACGUUCAGUGGAACUUACUUAUAUUGAUGAAACCUUACUGAUUGGUGAGUGCCAAGUUUCCUUGAGGCACGCUUGUGCCAUCAUUGACCACAAUACGCUCAAAAUGCAAGUAACAUGUGUUGCAGGCGAUUCAUUUGUCGUUUCUCUACGACUUCAUCCACAUGCUGAUCUGAGCUUAAUACACCAUCUCCAAGUAGAUAUUGAGUUGUGGUCUAUGGAUCGUCAUCGACCCCCGAACCUCUCCUUGUUCGAACUGGAGAGCAAGAGGACGAUUGAAAUAUCUCUUCGUGCUUCCCACCUUACUGCAGCCUCACGGAGCUUGUUUUUCGAGCACUCAGCUUACGCUGCUCUCACAGUCACGGCUUAUGCAUCACUGGUGUCGGUGUUGCCGCGCAGAAAGCGACAACCGCCGGAUCCGACGAUUGACAUCAAGUCAAAGAAUGUGCAUUUGUCUACUGGAAGUGCAUUGUUGCAUGCGAUGAGUUCCAUAGAACGAUUCGUGGUGAGAAACCAGAAAGGGAUGAUGGCGGCUAUUCACGCAGGGUACAUCCUAGAUUUGUGCGAUGUCCCUGCUGAAAUGGAUUCGUUGAAGAACCGUCUCGACUCAGCAACGAACCCAUGGAAUGAAGUGGAAAACACCGCUGUUAUUCUUAGCGCCCGUCUUUCACUUCUGUACAGUCAAUUAAUUCGGUUAUGUACAGGAUCUCCAGCAAUUUCUUCUACGUUAUUGCAAGAAUACAGGAAGUUCCGCGGAAAGGUGCUCUCCGAACUUUUCUUCUUCGUGGAAACUACACCUUCUAGUCUUUCUGAAUGUAGCUAUUUAGACAAGAUGUUUUCACUCGUUUCAAAAAGUAAGUAUCUCGAAAAGCUACCUCGAUUCCCAAUAUUCUGCCGUGAAUUGGACAACAGUCCAGAUAAUUGGUGUCUUAUCGUUGAAGAGCGACUUCUAAUGGAUCAUUCAGGAAGCGAAUUAAAUGACGAUAAGGUAUCGGCAACAAAUGUUGAGGCAGCGGGUGAUGGUUUUCGAACUGAAUCUCAUUCUUUAACACGUGUGACUGAUACUCGAAUUUCUUGGCUACGACGGAAGAACUCGGAUGGGAGGCCACAAUCGCCACAUCAUCCUGAUCUCAAACAUAUCCUACCGUUGUUUCCUGAGGACAGUCCAGGAUCAUCACCGCUGCAUGACGAUGAUUUGAGUUCUACCGUAGAUUUUGUUGUCGAACGUGAACGUUUGAAGGCGGCCCUGCUGGAGCAGAGGCUGUUCGAUGGAUACCUGUACAGCGAGCAAGCUUCUCCUUGGCGCUUUGUGGCACCUUCUAUAAGUAAAAAGCAGCCAACGCAUCUUGUUGUGUUCGUUCAUGGACUGGAAGGAACCUGCGAUGAUCUCUCAUCCUAUAGGAACAUUUUUCGCGUUUUAACUGACAGUGUUCCUGGUUUCUACUAUUUACUCAGUGCAUCAAACCAUUGUAAAACGUGGUCAAACUUCGAUGAAAUGGCGGACAACCUUCUCUCAGAAGUGCAGUCUUACGUGUCACGGUACAGUGAACUGCCCACACGCAUCAGCUUCAUUGCUCAUUCACUUGGAGGAGUCAUCGUGAGAACUGCAGUCACUCGAGAGAAUGCAUCAGAUUGGCUCGUUCCCCGGCUGCACUGUCUUUUGACAAUAAAUACUCCACAUCUCGGUUUGGCUUACGUCGGCAGAGGAGUCAAUCUAGGAAUACAGCUCAUGCAAUGGUGGAAGAAAUCUCGAUCCAUGGAGCAGUUGUCACUAAAGGACGAAGUUUCGUUUUGCGACUCGUUCCUGUACCGCCUGUCAAAGAAAAGGACUUUUGGUCUCUUCCGGUGCGUGCUACUUAUUGGAACACCCGAGGAUAUGUUCGUACCUUGCCAUUCUGCAAUUUUAUCUCCAUCCAAAUCGGCUACGAAGGACCCUUCCGCGUUAGGAACUACCUAUAGAGACAUGCUCUCGAAUGUUCACGAUGACAUCGUGUCAAGCGAACGCACUGUUACAGCAGUUCGAUACUCUACGUGGCACACUACGUCGUCACCCAAAUCCAGCCGAGUUACCGGUAGAGCCACACAUAUCGCCGCUGUUGAAGAUGACGUGUUUAUCGAGAAACUCUUCACGAUCUCGGCAUUGAAAUAUUUUAUAGAAUAA